CCCUCUCUGCACGGCACGAACCCCCGCCUGGCGUGGCAGCCAGGUGCAGCCGGACAUGCGGGGUCCUCCGAGUGGCUCCGCUUCUGCCCGCUGACGCCAGGCUGCCCCCAGGUGUUCGCCCUCAUCGUGUUCUCCUGCAUCUUCGGUGAGGGCUACAUCAACCCGCACGACUCGGCUCAGCUCCACUGCAUCUUCAACCACAACGAGGACGCCUGCCGCUACGGCAUCGCCAUCGGCGUCCUGGCCUUCCUGGCCUGCAUCUUCUUCUUCUGCAUCGACAUCUACUUCCCUCAGCUCAGCAGCGCUGCGGACCGCAAGUACCUGGUCCUGGCCGACUUGGGCUUUUCAGCUCUCUGGACCUUCCUGUGGUUCAUCGGCUUUUGCUUCCUGACCAGCCAGUGGUCUGUGACGCAGCUGGACAAUGUGAGUGUGGGGGCCGACUCGGCCCGAGCGGCCAUUGCCUUCAGCUUCUUCUCCAUCUUCUCCUGGGGGCUCCUGAUCACCUUUGCUCUCCAGAGGUACAGGAUGGGCGUGGAGGAUUUUACCAACAGCUACGUCGACCCCAGCCCAGCCCCCUCCACCCCCUACUCCGUGUACCCUGAUGUCAGUCAUGACAACUACCAGCAGCCGCCCUUCACCCAGACCGGAGAGACCACGGAGGGCUACCAGCCCCCACCCACCUACUGAGCCCUGGGCCACCAGGGAGCACUGCACAAGUGCAGUUCUUGUGGGGCAGGGGGUACCUUGACUAGGGGUGGGGGCAGGUGAGUGGUGGCUGCUUAACAGGGCGUUGGUGUGAGAAGGCCCAAGGAGAGGCUGGAAGCUCCCUGGCUGAGCCCUGGGGCGCGCAGGGGGAGGAGGCAGGACGUGCGACUUGCCCCUUCCGCACGGAGAGCCGCUGGCUGUGCCUGCAGGAGGCAGGUAUCUGCAUGGGGGUGGGGCUUCCCUCAGCUCAGGUGGCUGAGGGCUGUGCAGGGGCCUGCAUCCAGGCAGGCCACCUCUUCCUGUUUGGACAGGGCUGGCCGCUGCAGCCUGGCCCCCUCCCAGCUGUGCCAACACUGGGAUUUUCACUCAUUUUCUCUUGUUCCACACACGGGUGAACUUUACACCCCCACUCCUGUCCUGGCUGCCGCUGCACCAGCCCUUGCAGGUUGGCCUCCCUAAGUGCCACCUUGCCUGCGGGAUGUCUGGAUCCCCAGCUGCUACCUUGCUCUGCCGGUCUGUGCCUGGCCCAGCAGUUCCCGACUGGCUCCUCCCCUCCACUGCUGGGUGAGCUUGGUGCCGCAGGGCAGGACUAACCCUCUUGCAAACCCUGAUCUGUAUAUAGAGCUUUUUGAGUUUUGCUGCCUCGUUAGGGGCUGUGCCUUACCUCGCCCCCAGCAACGGGGGCUGCUCUGUGGGUCCCACAUGGGGUGAGAUGCCCCAGGCAGAGGGCACCUGCUGCAGCCUUCCUGCACUGAUGGGGGCCUGUGCACAGGGGUGGGGUGCUGAGCUGCACUGUUUUCUCCUGCUCUCCCUGAGCAGGUUGGGUAGCUUUGGGCUGAGGGAGACGCUCCUCUGUGUUCAGAGCACAACUCUGCCUCCUCCAACCCCAGCAACUGCUCCUCGCAGGGGCCUGGGGCGUCACCCGUCUCCUGCCUCUGAAGCAGCAAAGCAGGGACAAGGACAGCUGUUCUGCCUUGUGUACUCUCCCUGCUCAGUUUUCCUGGUGGGUAAAGUCUCAGGUUGCUACUUCCCAAGUGCCCCUGUUCUGGGAAGCAAUGUGGGAGCCGUAAGCCUAAGCUGACUGGUUUCAAUACUUGUUUCCCUGUGGGGAGCUGGAAUAAAGCCUUUUUCCACUUG